AUGUCGACCUUCGGAGAGUAUUUUAGGGUCACCACCUAUGGGGAGUCACAUUGCCGGUCUGUAGGAUGCAUCGUCGACGGCGUGCCUCCUGGAAUGGAGCUCACAGAGGAUGAUAUCCAACCGCAGAUGACAAGACGAAGACCUGGCCAGAGUGCGCUUACCACGCCGCGCAACGAAAUGGACUUGGUGGAGAUUCAGUCGGGCACAGAGUUUGGAGUCACAUUGGGCACGCCAAUCGCAAUGAUUGUUCGCAACAAGGAUCAGAGACCGCACGACUAUGGCAAUUCUACGAUGGACCUCUACCCUCGACCGAGUCAUGCGGAUUGGACAUACUUGGAGAAAUACGGUGUGAAGGCGAGCAGUGGCGGAGGAAGAAGCAGUGCAAGGGAGACAAUUGGGCGGGUGGCUGCGAGUGCUAUUGCAGAAAAGUACCUCAAGCUUGCACACGGCAUUGAUAUUGUGGCUUUCGUCUCGUCCGUUGGGGGUCUUCACAUGUUCCCUCCUUCAGCAAUUCAUCCUACACCCUCGACAAACCCUGCUUUCCUCUCCUUGAUCGGCGACGUUACCCGCGAGAAAGUCGACGAGUUUGUUCCAGUGCGAUGUCCAGAUGCGACUGCAUCUGCGAAGAUGGCGGAAUUGAUUGCAGGCUUCAGAGAUAGGCAGGACAGUAUUGGUGGCACAGUGACCUGUGUCAUCAGAAAUGUUCCAAGUGGAUUGGGCGAGCCUUGUUUCGACAAGAUGGAAGCUAUGCUUGCUCAUGCCAUGCUCAGCAUUCCUGCCUCGAAGGGGUUUGAAGUUGGCUCUGGAUUUGGUGGUUGUGAGGUUCCUGGAUCGAUACACAAUGAUCCUUUCGUCCUUGCGCCAGAACUCCCGCCGUUGGAGACUGGCGCGUCGAAAAAUGGCCUCCUGAGACCGAGACUUACGACAAAAACGAACAAUUCCGGUGGUAUUCAAGGAGGAAUCACAAAUGGUGCUCCAAUAUACUUCCGAGUUGCCUUCAAGCCACCUGCGACAAUCGGCCUGGCACAGCAGACUGCAACCUAUGAUGGAGAAUCAGAUGGUAUUCUGGAGGCAAAGGGAAGACACGACCCAUGUGUUGUCCCCAGAGCUGUUCCCAUUGUGGAGGCUAUGGCAGCGCUUGUUGUCAUUGAUGCGUUGAUGGCUCAACAGGCGAGACAGACGUCGAGGAGUUUACUGCCACCAUUGAAGAAGACGAGACCUGCGAAGCGCACAACUGUUGCUGGAGAGGAUGCGAUCAAGAAACAACAUAUCAAUGAUCAAGGCGUUAAUGGGCUUAAAACGGAGUAG